AUGUCUGUUAUGUCCCUAACUUCGACCCUCAAGGCAUUGCAGCCUUUCAAACAAUCCACAACAUUCAACUGCAUCAGAGCCUUGCAAUCAAACUUCUCUACUACAGCCUUUAGAUCAGCCGAGCAACCUACACCCGACAGACCUCAAAUUGGAGCCUCAUCCUUGUUUGACAAUGUUCAAGUUGAAGCCGAAGAGAAAUUAGCACAACAAGAUCAUAAGUUGACAGAAAAAGAAUAUCGUUUUUCUUCUAGAAACUUCAAAACUAGCCCACGUAAAUUGAAUAUGCUCGCACGUCAAAUUCGCAACCUUCCUGUUGAUGAAGCUAUUCGCCAAAUGGAAUUCUCUGAUAAACGCUCGGCCAAAAAGAUCUUACACAAUUUAGCAUUUGCCAGAAAGAAUGCUGCUGAUCAAAAGGGAAUGGAGAACAUGGUUGUUUCACAAGCAUGGGUCGGUAAGGGCAGAUAUGUUAGACGUGUCAGACCUCAUGGUCGUGGUCAAUUCGGUAUCAUGCAUCACAAGGAAGCACAUAUCAAGUUCCUGUUCAAGGAAGCAACUGCCGUGUCUGAUGCAAAGACUGAGAGAAGAAAUAUCAGAGGAUGGAAGGACCCCAAGAAGACUUGGGUGCAAUUGAAUGAGACAAAGCCAAUCUACAAUGCAAAGCCUUUCUACAACUGGUAG